CGGCCAGCAACGCUCCAGACCAGCCGCCCCCCGACCGUCCCAAGCAACGCCAGAUCGACCACCAGCAAGGCUAGAGCACCAGCCCAUCCAUUUGGUCUCUCCAGCUCCGCCAGCCAUUCGCCGCAUCCCAGCCCUGGGUCGACAAACAUGACAAGCAAAUCUCUCGACGAAAUCCACCAUGGUCUGGACAAGGAAGCGCAGGAGCUCGUUGCAAAGAAUUACCAGGCCAAAUUCAUUCAGAGGACCGUUAUAUCUCUCCUCAAUGAAGGCCAGGCGGCUUCCGAGAAGGGCGAAUAUCUCGAUGCGUAUAUCCUCCUCUACCGAAGCGUUAUAGUGUUCACCAAAGUGCUGCCAAAAGGGAAGGAUUACAAACAGGAUGCAAGCGUUGCAGAUUUGUACAAGCGUAUCGGUGGGGCUCUAACGCUGCUCGAGCAACUCAAGCCUGAAGUAAAAGCGAUGAUCGAGAAGAAUGCCACCGGAUCAGGACCCACAGCACGAACCAGCAUCUCGGCCAGCUCUGCUUCUGGCUCGCAGACAGCCACCCCGGCCCAACCAGUAUCAUCCCCGGCGAGCCAUGGAGCCAGCAUUGCUUUGACCUCAAAUGUGGCCGCUGCAAUACCUGCAGCCUCGACUCCAGCCACAGCCAACCCCCAGCUCAGCCCAUCGGCAUCGAUCCGGUCCGCUGCGUAUUCCGGUGCGCCUAUAGUACCUGCUGCGUAUUCCAGCGUGCCUUUGGUACCUGCUGCAUAUUCCAGCGUGCCUUUAGUGCCGUCCAACACCCCACCCCUGCCAUCACAUGUUCCUUUGGUCCCACAAUAUGCAUCCAGCAGCGCAGCAUCUCUCAAGUCCGCUGCCGCUCCAGGAUAUCGGCCGGCUCUCACCAGCGCCCAGCCCCAGCCCCGGCCGGUGUCGACGGCUCCCAUCCAAAGCCAGUAUCCGCGUAUUUCAGCGCAGGACCUGUACCGAGGGUUGACUCAAGCAGGCACAGGAAAAAGCCGCGUGAUUGUCGUGGAUAUCCGUCCUACUGAAGAAUUUGUUGAUGGACAUAUCCGCUGGCCACGGGUGAGCCGGAGCGAUGGAAAGCCGCCCGGUGGCAUUGUUUUGAUUGAGCCAGGGUCCGUGGAAAUCAGCGAGUCCGCACGGGAUCUUGAAGAGCAUCUGGCAUCGCUUGGACACGAUGCCGAGGCGAAGAGUCUAUUCUACCGACGAAACGAGUUUGACAUUAUGAUUUAUCAUGACGGGGCCUCGACAGCCAACAGCCCGGCCGGAAUUUUGCGCAAAUUUAUGCGACUGAUCCACGAGAUGGAGUUUGACAAGACCCUGAAGCAACCACCAAUUCUACUCGAUGGCGGAUUCCAGGCUUGGAAUUCAUUUAUUAUGCAUGAGCUCCCUGCAGGUGACAGCGCACAGUGGAUCGAAUAUGGAGAAGCAGGCUCCAACACUUCCACCCGCGCCCCAGAACUUCGCAUGAACGGAUACACUUCCCUGCAACCGGCGAUCCCUGUCCAAAGUGCUCAAACUGUCCAGGGCCUGCAAUUCGCUAUCUCACCGCCAAACACGUUUCCCUCGGGACUGGGCCCUGGCCAUGUCCAGGCUCAGCCCGGUCCGAUCCCAACGCAGCCGACGAUGUUUGACAAUGCAUUCUAUAAUUUUGGUUCGCUGACAAGUCUCUCCACUGCGCACGUCAACCCCAGCACCUAUGCCUAUAGUGCCCAGUAUGGCGCCUACCCUACCCUUCCAAUGUCUGUUGCCGGCUCGCCAAAUGCUCCGCUGGGGCUGUCGCCGCAAUCCACGCCACCGCCCUUGCUCCCCAAGACUCUUGCCGGUCAAUCAAGCUACCCGCUGGCAGAUUCGACCAACUUGCUUCCACCAAGCAAUUCGCUCGCCAGCAUCAAUUCGGACUUGCUCCAGCAGCAGCUCGACCAACAGGCAAUGCAGAAUCGGCAUAUGGCCCAACAGAACCUGAUGCAUACGCAGCAUCAAAUUCAGAAUAUCCAGAUGUUGGCAUCGACGCACUCCCAAUCUGUGUCUGCGAAUAGCUCCGCCUCCAACCUUCCGAGUCUGGCUCAACCAGGAGCUCCCCAAGCGAUUCUUCAUCCCGUGCCACAGGUUUCGACGCCGCCCAUCUCGACGCUCCUCCAGCCGUCUGCCACACAGCAUCCGCCCCUGAUUCCGCCCAAGCCUCUUCAAAUCCAACAGCGUCUUCAGGGGCAAGACCAGAUCGUUCCCAGAAUAUCGUUGCCAACACGAGCAUCCUCGCCCUCGCCAUCGACGACUCUCUAUUUCCCACCACCGAUCCCCAAGAAGCCUGCAAAUUUCACGACCAGCUCGGCAACCGAUACUGCCGUCAUUGUUCCGAUGGGUGGUGAAGUUGCACUGUUUUCACAGAUGAACCAAAACAUUGGGCUUGUCGGUUUGAAGAACAUGGGCAAUACGUGCUACAUGAACUCGAUCAUCCAGUGUUUGAGCGGCACCGUCCCACUUUCCAGAUUUUUCCUUGACGGAAGCUUCCGUCGAUUUUUGAACUGUUCAAAUCGACUGGGCACACAAGGAAACUUGGCCAACCGAUACGCCGAACUUAUCAAGUCCAUUUGGUCCAAUGAGCAAACCGUCAUCUCGCCCUUUCUCUUCAAGAAAACAAUUGGCCAGUACGUUUCGCAGUUCCAAGGAGACGAGCAACACGACAGCCAAGAAUUCCUGGCAAAUCUUCUCGAUCGUUUGCACGAGGAUCUGAACGUUGCUCGCAUUGGCUCCAAGCCCCCGCCCAAGUCGAUCGAGGAUGAUGGGACGAUUCCGGAACACAUUCUUGCCCAAAAGUCGUGGGCGCUGUACAAAGAGCAAAACUGGUCCGUCAUCGUCGACCUAUUUCAAGGACAGCUCAAAUCAACUCUGACCUGUCUCGCAUGUGGCAAGACAUCGACCACAUUCAACCCGUUCAUGUACCUGAGUGUUCCUAUUCCUGCAACGGGAAGCAAGCAUGGCAAAGUGACAGCUGUUGGACUGCGGGCUUGUCUGGACAAGUUCGUGGAAGAGGAGACCCUGGAUGGCGACGAUCGAUGGCAUUGUCCCAAGUGUAAGGUCGCCCGUAAGGCAACCAAGAGGCUUGAGAUCACCAAACUGCCUGUCAUUCUCCUGAUCCACCUGAAGCGCUUUUACCAAGAAGGCCCAUUCCGCAACAAGAUUGAAACUUAUGUCGAAUUUAAUAUCGCGUCUCUGGAUUUGACCAGCUACAUGCCUUCCUGGAGCUACACCGGUCCGAGAGGGCAGAUAAUACCGUACAAAUACGAUCUAUUUGCAGUUUCUAACCAUAUGGGUGGCUUGAACGGAGGACACUACACGGCCUAUGUGAAGAAUCAGCAAAAGAACUGGUAUCUCUUUGACGACUCGACAAUCAGCAACAGCAACGAAAGCGUCGUCCAGUCCAACGCGGCGUACAUUCUAUUCUAUAUCCGCCAAAACACGCCUGGCAUUCGGCCGGUGGAGGGCCCGUGGUUCGACUCCAAAAUGUGAUCCAGAGCUCCUCGAUGAGCGUGGUCGGGAUCCUUGUGCGCCGUCUCAAUAAACAAUGCACCGCCCGCACUUUGGC